AUGGAGGCCGCAACGCACGAGAUCCGCACUGAGCGCUUCGAGGUGGACCAGUACGUGCGCGUGCUGCUGUCGAACGGCCGCUCCGAGAUCGGUGUCGUUGUGUCCAUCGAUGAGCCGAACGAGACGGCUGUUAUCGCGACGCGCCACGGUUACGACAUCACCGUGCGCCUCCGCAGCGUACGCCGUGCGUUCCUGGUGGUGCUCGACCUCAAUGGUGUCCUCGUCGCGCGUGGGCGCGGGAGUUUCAUCGACCGUCCGGGCGUCAUGGAGUUCGUGAGCUUCGUGAUGAAUAACUUCGUUGUGGCGGUGUGGACAAGCGGGCUUGAGCGCACAUCCAAUCCCAUCAUCGAGAAGGUGUUCGACAACUACCAGGACAGGCUGUUGUUCAAACUCUACCGCGAUGCCUGCACGAUGCGGCCGACGCCGGACAAGCCGUACCGCACAAUUAAGAAUCUUCAGCGCAUCUUUGACGCAUACCCGAAGAGUUUUCACGCCGUCAACACCAUCAUCGUCGACGACUCGCCAGACAAGUGCUCUCACCCCGACAUCGCCCUCUGCCCUGUGCCCUUUGUAGACCCGGAGAAGCAGAUCGACGAUGACGGCCUUGCGAUGGCGACGGAGGUGCUGAAGGAGGUGCUCCGCAGCGAGUCGCACGCACCACUCAUCCGCGCAAGUGAAGAGCGUCUAGUGGCGCUCGCGGCAAAGGAGAAGCGGGAUAGGCUGGAAGAGCAGAAGCAACAUGAAGAGGCUAAAAAAGAGGUCCCACUCGCCGCUACCGCUGCCAGCAGCAGCAACAACAACAGCGACAGUAAUGAUAACAACGGCACAACGGUUGGUGGUGGUGCUGUGACCCCGGACAAUGAGAAGGAUUCUUCGAUGAAGCAUGAAGCCGCAAAGAUAUCGGAGCUUCCAGAGACAUUUCUAUGGGCGACGCGGUUGUGCUGCGAUUAUAUUAGCGGUUCCUGCACACGCAAAGAUUGCCGCUUCAGCCACGACGCCGACGACGGAGAGCGGCCCUGUUCAAGAAAGGGUUUCUGCCGCCGUGGCCACGCUCGCCGGUGGAUCGACGAUCUACACUCCAAAUCAGGGACUUCCACAUCGGCGGCUCCUAAAGGCACUAACGCGUCCACCGCAUUCGACGUGUCAAAUAUAGUUUUGCUUUUCUCCACAAACCCGGACCAGCAAAAGCGGCACCAGCAACGACAGCACGGUGGAGGGCGUAACGACAACGCGCAGUACAAGCAACAGCAACAACAACAACGACAGCAGCAGCAGCAGCAUAGCCGGCAGCCCCAGUCUCGACAGCAACAGGAGCGUGGGCAGAAAAAUACAAAAGGCGACGGCGGCGGUGGCGGAAGCAGCAACAACCAACGAGAACAAAAGGCUGUUUCUCCUGGAAAAGGCUCUGAUCACGGGUCUUCUAGGACACUGCAAUUGCCGUGGUCCCAGCAGGGGCCAUUGCUCAGCACACCUGCACCCCCCUCUGCCGCGCAGGGAGCAGCACAGAUGCGAUUUACGGGUGAUAGCCACGACGGUGGGGCCCUUCUUCGCCACCUGCAGGCAAGUCUCCUGGGCGGAAUGGCUGCCGGUGGGGAGGAGAACGCAAAUAGCAGGUCAAACAAGAGGAAACAAAGGCAGUAUUAA